AUGGGCUAAUGUUUUGAUAGUUGUAGGGAAAGCAAUUCAGAUAGGGUUUCAUUGGAAUCCCAGAAUAAAGUAAGUAUCUAGGAAAAAGUGUAUGAUAAUUAUAGAAAUAAUUUUACAACUCAAAUGAGUGAAUUGAUUGAGAAAGAAUAAAUGUAGAAAACUGACAUUACUCAUUUUAAAUUACUAAAGACAUUAGGAAAAGGAGCAUGUGGAAAAGUAUUAUUAGUGAAAAAAAAGAAUAAAAAUACACAAUAUGCAAUGAAAAUAGUCUCAAAGCAGAGAGCCAAAGAAGAAUAUAUUUAGGCAGAGAGAUUCAUAUUAUAGCAUAUUACACAUCCCUUCAUUACAAAACUCCACUUUGCUUUUCAGAGUGAUAGUAAACUAUACUUAAUAAUGGAUUUCUGUUAAGGAGGAGAACUCUUUUUCCAUUUGAGAAGAGCCUACAAAUUUAGCGAGGAAUAAUCAAAAUUUUAUAUUUGUGAAAUAAUAGUUGCAUUAGAGCAUCUCCAUAAAAAUAAAAUAUUGUACAGAGAUUUAAAACCAGAAAACAUAUUAAUAUGCUCAGAUGGACACAUCAAACUGAUUGAUUUCGGAUUAUCAAAAAUAUUGUCAGAUAUUAAAACUAGAUCUCAUUCAGUUGUUGGUACACCUGAAUAUUUAGCUCCUGAGAUCUACUAAGAUGAAGGAUAAGGACAUGACGAAUAGUGCGAUUGGUGGUCUUUAGGAGCCUUAUUGUAUGAAAUGCUGACUGGAGCUGCUCCUUUUUAUAGUGUCGAUAGAACUCUAAUGUUUAGAAAUAGAUUAGAAAAGCCUUUAGAUAUCAAACCUUGGUUUAGCGAGGAAUGCAAGUCUUUGUUAUAAGGAUUGUUGAAUAAUGAUGUAAAUACAGGAUAAUUAUUAUUUUUAGGCUAAUUAGAGGUUAGAUGUUAAUUAAAUAAAAUCACACGGGUUCUUUAGGGGGAUAGAUUGGGAAGGUGUUGUUUACAAGUAAUUGGAGCCUCCUAUCAAAUUGGAAUUGAAGGGACCUUCAGACUUAUAAUAUUUUAAUAGGGUAGUAAAAAUAAACUGAUUUUAGAUGUUUAUAGAUGAACCAGCUAUAGACAGUCCUGAAUCAUGCAGAAAUGAGAAGAAAUUUGAGAAUUUUAGUUUCGAUGAAGAUGAAUCUUGA